AUGUACUUAACUGCACACCAAGGCUCGCCAUCAAGCGAUAUGCAAUCUGCAGUUUCGCAAGACCUGGAAAACGCAAUGAAAAGUGGGGAGAUUUUCGAAACCUUCCCAUUAGACAAUCAAUCAAUUUUUGAUAUCCCAAUAAGUUCUUCGAGCAAAAGCUCAUUUACUGUAAUUCUGAAUAGAAUACUUGACUCUCACGUUUAUUCGAUAGUCAUGUCUUUGAUUACCAUUUGGGCUUUAUUUUCUGACGACAUUCGGGUAUCAGCUUGCACUAAAAGCGCUGACAACUAUUUUUACGGGGUCAGCACAGCCAUUUUCAGCUAUUUUUCGCUAGAUCUAAUACUGAAUUCAAUAGCAAAAAAAGACUAUAGGUUCGCGUUUUAUUUUUGGCUUGAUCUCCUGUCAACCCUUUCAGUUCUUCCUGAUAUCGGGUGGAUUUGGAACCCAAUGCUCGGCAUUGAUUCAAGCUCAGACGACGGCCAAUCAAAAGUAAAAUAUACCAAAUCAGUCAACCAAGGCAACCAAGCUUCUCGUAUAGUCAGAAUUGUUAGGUUGAUCAGAUUAAUCAGAAUUGUCAAGCUGUACAAGAACGCAAGAAUUGCAAUGAUUGAAGAAGAAGAUGGAACAGUCCAUACUGAAACUGACAUGAUCCCGAGAGAGAGCAGAGUAGGAAAAAAGUUAUCUGAGUUGACAAUGAAGAGAGUCAUCAUUUUGGUGCUGAUUUUAAUUACCUUUAUCCCACUCUUCAGCUUGGAUUUCUACAUCACACCAAAGCGAAGCUGGGGGUUUGGACUGGAUACUAUUGAAGACUUUUUUGGUCAGGAUGGCUUUGAAAAUGUAAGAGACGAAUAUAUUGACUACCAUAAAGAUGAUCUUCGGCCCCUCAUAUACUUGACGUAUACAUAUGGGACUGAUAACUACACUUGGACAUGCGAUACCCACCCAGAUGAUCUCAGGGACACAGAAAAAUAUGUUGUAACUGACACCCACUCACUAGCGAUAAUUGAUCUUAGAUUUGAUACUCACUUAGACUCUGAGUUGAACAUCUGCAAAACCAUUUUCGUCUGCAUUGUCUUGCUCUUUGGAGCUUUUACAUUCACAAAGGAUGCUGAGGAUUUGGUAGUUUUCCCAAUAGAAAGCAUGAUUAGAAAAAUAAAAAAAAUUGCAAGAAAUCCUUUGAAUGCAGGAAUGCAGAGUUCUGAAAACCGUUCUGAAUCCAGUUUAGACAAAGCGAAAAAAAAGUUUCUGUGCUUCAAUCGAAAAACAGUGAAAGCUGAGUAUGAAACAACUUUGCUAGAAAACACUAUCAUCAAAAUUGGAGCAUUGCUGGCACUUGGCUUUGGAGAAGCGGGCUCAAAAAUAAUAGCUACAAAUAUGGAAAAAGGAGGAGAUGUAGACCCUGUAUUGCAAGGAAGCAAAGUUGCAGCAAUAUAUGGGUUUUGCGAUAUAAGGAGGGGGGUUAAUUUUUUUUUAAAAAACUUUAUAUAUAAAUUUUAUGGAAAUUUUUGUUUUCGGAAUUUAAAACAAUCCUAAUUCGCAAAAAUUGGAAAGCAAAUAUUAGUUUGAUUUAUAUAAAAUUUAUGUUUUAAAAAGCAAAUUGUUUAAAAUUAAACAGAAUUAGCUCUAGAUUUCAUUAUAAUAAUUAUCACUUAUAUAUCAAAUUUUUUUUUCCAUAAAAAAUUUUUCUAUUAAAAAAAUUUUUGUUCACUCACGGAGGGUGGGUUUUUGGGCAAAAAAUAGCGAUUUUUCUAAUGGUUUUGUUCACUCACGGAGGGGGGAGUAAGGAUUUUACUGAUACCACUGAAGAACUGCAAGAAAGUGUUAUGGUUUUUGUCAAUGAAAUUGCUUAUUUAGUUCAUACAGUUACCCAUCAGCUAAUGGGAGCUGCUAACAAAAAUAUCGGAGAUGCCUUUUUGAUUGUCUGGAAAUUUGGAGAAGAGGAUGUGAUCGAAAUCAAUGAUCCAUUAGUGUUAAAUAAAAAUUCAAAAAAAGCGACUUAUUUAGCAGAUUUGGCUCUGCUCAGCUUUUUAAAAAUUAUUGCAAAGAUAAAUAAAGACCCAAGAAUUCUCAAGUACAGAACGCACAGCAAGUUAAUUAAAAGAAUGCCAAAUUAUGCAGUAAAAAUGGGUUUUGGCUUGCAUGCUGGCUGGUCAAUUGAAGGAGCUAUAGGCUCAGAAUUCAAAAUAGAUGCUAGUUAUCUUUCUCCUCAUGUAAAUAUGUCUGGGAGGUUGGAAGAGACCACUAAAAUCUAUGGUGUUCCUUUACUCCUCAGUGGAGCAUUUUUUGACAUUUUAAGCUCUAGGGUGCAAGAAUACUGCAGACAUCUGGACACUAUCAUGAUUAAGGGUCAUAAUAGUCCGUUGAGACUUUAUACAAGUGAUGCUGAUCCUACAAAUAUUACGCCUGGAGAUGGACUUGACAAGAAUAAAGAACAAACAAAUAGGCUCCGUAAAGCCCUUAAAGGAAAACUGGAAAGAGGGCAAAUUGAAUCAUGGGAGCUGUUUGAAGAUUCCAGGGAGAUUUAUUCAUUAAAAGAGGCUUUCACUGUGGAUUUCUAUGAAAACUACAGAAAAGGAAUGAUUGCAUAUACAGAAGGUAGCUGACAAGAAGCGAAAAGUUAUUUUGAAAGUGCAUUAAGGAUAAAACCAAAUGAUGGGCCAACAAUGACCUUAAUGUCAGUCUUAAAAGAAAAUAAUUUCGAAGCACCCACGGAUUGGGAGGGAUAUCGAGAAUUGAAUGAAAAAUAA